CGCGCAUCAUGCGCGUUGUCACGAGUCCUCCUCAUAACUAUCUUCAUAUUCAACCUGCAGCUUCAUCUGAAUUAUGUGACUGCGCAGAAAACGCGCACCGCUCCUUGUUCAUCAUCAAUCCUCGGUUUGCAAUAAUUUUUCUUGUCCAUUCAUCAUGGACGCAUCCGACGAUCUCGAUAGCGAGCCGCCCAAUAUUGUGAAUCCUUACGAGGUGCUUGGCCUUGAGCGCACCGCAACAGCAGAUCAGGUAAAGUCGGCUUAUCGGAAGCUUGCCUUGAGAAACCACCCAGACAAAGUAUCCGAGGACCAGAAGCAGAAUGCGCACGAGACCUUCCAAUCUAUUGCCUUUGCAUACGCUGUACUUUCAGAUCCUACACGGCGCAAGCGCUACGACGAAACUGGUUCGACCUCGGAAUCCAUAGUUGAUUCAGAUGGCUUCAGCUGGUCGGACUUCUAUCGCGAGCAAUUCCGCGAUGCGAUAUCUAACGAUGCAAUUGAGAAGUUUGCAGCAAGGUAUAAAGGUUCCGACGAAGAACGUGACGAUAUCCUCGUCGCCUACGAAGAGCACGAAGGUGAUAUGGAUGCGAUCUACGAAACAGUCAUGCUCAGCAACGUUCUCAAAGACGAUGAACGCUUCCGGAAAAUAAUUGACGAUGCAAUCGCGAGCAAGGAUGUUCCCGCGUUCAAAGCAUAUGUUAAAGAGAGUAAGAAGUCCCGACAAGCACGCAUCAAAGCAGCCAAAGAUGAGGCUACGGAAGCCGAAGAGUACGCAAAGGAACUGGGUAUUCACGACAAACUCUUCAACGACAAGAAGGGAAAGAAGAAGGGAUCAUCUGAGGAUGAUCUUGCAGCUCUCAUUCGACGAAACCAACAGGGACGUGAAAAUUUCCUCGACAACCUAGCGGCAAAAUACGGCGCUACGCCCGCAAAGGGCAAGAAGGGGAAGAAACGAAGUGUAGAGGAAACUGAACCUUCAGAAGAAGCCUUUGAGGCCACUGCGGCUAGAUUGAAAGAAAAGAAAAAGCGUCGUCUUGAGGAUAGCGAGCCUUCAGAAGAGGCAUUCCAGGCAGCAGCGGCAAGGCUGAAGAAAGGAAAAAGGAAUUAAGAAUUGUGGUAUGGCGGGCUUGGUUGGUUUAAAUUUCGGUGGCGUUUUUUUUUUUUUUUUUUUUCCUGGUCAGGGGCGGGGGUAACUCAAGGUACGGUCGGGCGUUCAGGCAUUAGGCAUCCAAUGAAUGCAUGAAUAUGGUGAAUAAUGCAAAGAUCAUGAUACAUCUCGUUUUAUUUUUUGUUUCCCGCUUGCUUUUCU